UGCAAGUUGUUGCUUCAGGACUGGUCUGCGUCAACACCUGAACUAAGAAUGAGAAGCGAAGUAGUCGAACGCGUUGACAACUUCACUUAUCUUGGAAGUCUGAUCAGCCCUAAUGGGUUGGUGUCUGACAAAAUCUCUACACGGAUUAGAAAAGCUCGUUUGGCUUUUGCAACCUUACGUCAUCUAUGGCAAAGGCGAGAUAUUCAUUUAUCAAUUAAAGAACGAGUAUACUGCGCGACAGUUCGUUCUGUUCUACUUUACGGCUGCGAAACAUGGCCAUUAAGAGUAGCGGAUAGUCGUAAGUUACUAGUAUUUGAUCACAGAUGUCUUGGAAAUAUUGCUCGCAUCUGCUGGGAUCACCAGUUAAGUAAUAAUGAGGUUAGACGCAGAGUAUUAUGAAUGAUGGUAAAUCAGUUGAUGAGGUUAUGAAUCUUCAUCGACUGAGAUGGUUGGGCCACGUGUUGCGUACGUCUGAGCACCGAUUACCAAGAUGCACAAUGCGGACUUGUGUUGUGGAUGGUUGGAAUAAAGUUAGGGGCCGCUAAACCAAAACAUGGCAUCAAUGCUUGAAGUCAUUAA